AUGACGGAAACUGCUGUCCUGACCUCCUUCAAGCUCAUCGGCCUUCGAGGUCAGAUAGAGUCGCUGAAGUAUGCAGCGUCGAAUGAGCUGCACGAAAUCAUUCAUACACACGAACGGAAGGAAGCCCUAGCCUUGCAGCAUGUUGCAGCAAUGCAAGCGGAAUUCGGAAUCCUAACCAAGGAGCUCCAAGCGCGUUAUCAUGAAGUGCCAUUAGUCCCGGUGAUACAAAGACUUCAUUCCCAGGUUGCCGCAGAACACGGGAUGGCCGCGAGAGGUGCACAGUCACAGGGUCACUCCCAUUUUCAAUGCACACAGAUACCCGAUGUCGAAGCGAGAGUCGUCCAAACGGACUCUCGGCAAACUUUAUCCAAGGGCAUUCAAGUGCGGUGCACUCGAAACGGAGAAACUCAAACAGAGCAUUUGCCAAAGUCGGACAAGAGCGUCCAGCUGCGUUGCAUGCGUACAGGCCAAGCACAGACGGAGGCUCAACCUACAUCUGACAAGAGUGUCCAGCUGCGUUUCAUGCGCACUGGCCAAGCGCAGGCAAAAUCUUCACCACCGUCGCACAUAGUACAAACGCAGACCGAGCCUCCUCAAGCAUCUACGCGCUUAGAGGCCGAGUCCGGUCGUGAGGCUUUGUCCUCGCCGGUUCCUGCUCAGGAAGCUUUGACCCCGAUGACUCCCACAAGAAUGGCGUCAACGUCGGCGUCGACGACUUCGUUCACUUUCAGGAUGACCGGAUCUCCUAGUUGUAGCAUAAUGCGCUCUGGACGACCAAAUUCUCCUCGGAGACCUAGAGAAACCAUUUCUCGCGGAACGUCAAUUGAGCCUGUCGCCGGAGCCCCUGAUGCGGGUAUGAGGAAACGGGGACGUUCUGCCUCGAAUAGCCCCGAAGGGGAUACCCAUGGCAAAAGGCGGAAGCCCAGUGAAGACAGCGGAGAUCUUGAUGACCCAUUUGAAGAUACCCAACCAGAAACACGACCUUUGACAUCGGCAGAUGUGAAGGAACUUACCGCCAAACAGAUAAACCAUUUGCUUGCUGCCCUCAGAAAAGUCGGCGUGAAGUUUCCCAACACAAAGUCACCCAAAGUGGAAACUCGACGCAGGUGGUUGUUCGAUGCCCUCGCCGGUGUCAUACUCCAAAUUGGGAUUUGUAACAUCACCUCGCAAGUUGCAAGUUGA